AGGAUGUCGUUAGAAACUGUUCCAAAGGAACUGAGGAACUUAAGAGCCUGCCUCCUAUGUUCACUAGUAAAGACAUUCGAGCAAUUUGAGUUUGAUGGCUGUGACAACUGUGAGGAGUAUCUUCACAUGAAGAACAACAGAGAUGCUGUGUACGAAUGCACCAGUUCAAACUUUGAUGGAGUCGUGGCAAUGAUGAGCCCUGAGGAUAGCUGGGUGGCUAAGUGGCAGAGGAUAAAUAGAUUUACUAAAGGAUGUUAUGCCAUAUCAGUGACUGGGAGAUUGCCACCUGGUAUUGUGAGAGAGCUGAAGAGUAAGGGAGUCAAUUACCGACAGAGAGACACCAGUCAGAAAACAUAGCCUGUGUUUUUCCAGUAUGUGUAAGCUAAAGACAGGGUGGAUAUUCCAGCCGGUGGACUAGGGGAGUGAAUAGGGAGAGGGGAGACAAGGUGAUACACAUUUGUAAGGACAGCUCCUUGAGCACGUGUGGUCUUAUGCAAGUUAAGAUUAUGGCUGCUCUUCAGUCACCCUCAUUUGGUACACUGGCAUGAUUCGUACAUUUAUGUGUGGACUUGUCGAGAGACACAUAGAUUCCUGCAUUGUUAAAAUGGUUGAAAUGGAAUUUAAUAUUACAAAAAGACUCCUAUGUUCUUGAAACAAUGCAAAUAUAGGCCUUGACUCCACCCCCCCAAGGAGAGGCAUUCAGACACUGAAAGUUGGGAAGAGGAAAAGUUGGUAGAGGAAAAAGAUUUCUUGAAUGUUUAAGGUCAAGAAACAGAAUUCAAGAGUCAUUUUAACAUCUCUGUGUGUAAAUCAUAGUGGUUCAGUUGUCAUUUUUUUUCUUUUUUCUGUCAUUGUUCAUGCAUGUAUAUUUUAUGAUUUUGGUUGCCAUUGUCAGGCAUUUAUGCAGUAAAUUUAAUUUUAUACCUGCUAACCAUUUUUGUUGUUAUGGAAAAUACUCUUCCCAGUCUUAACACACAUGCAGUUUGUGACCAUCUUGAAAGGCUGUCUGCAAGACGUAUCAUGAAAGGAGCUAAAAGUCUACAAGUAAACGUGUUUUAGUGUCACAGAAACUUGUAAGACAUCUGUUUUGACAUUUGUGUUCUCACAAGCUUUUCUCAUAUGUGCAAGUAUUAAAAUAGGUCAAUUCCCUUCCCUUAGUACUGUUUUCUUGUCAGGAUUUUACUUUAGUCGCCAUACAGCACGACACCUUUGAAAGCCCAUUGAAUUACAGAUAUUCAGACUUUGUUCAGAGAUGCUGCACCUUAGUUGAAGAAAAUUAAUGGUGGGUUUGGAUAAACUUCUGUGUCAUUGUAUGUACGUGUACAUGUAACUGCAAGAUAACAUUUCAAAUCCAUGAGUAUGACUUUGAGCUGCCCCUCUCAUGUAAUACAGAAAUUCUGGAUGUUUCUGUCAUGCGGAUCUAAUCAAUUUUAUUUUUUCGUUGUAAAGAAUGGAAUAUACAUCCAGGUUUCAGGAAGAUACAAGUACUUAUGUAAUUAUGCUACAUGUGUAUCAUUUUAUUAAUGUCUGAUAAAUUAUUCCUACUUACUGAAGAAUAAAACGAUUUGUAAUCUUGUCUAAACAGCUUUUCUCAAUCAAAUUGAUAGAAGUAAAGCUGACCUUGACCCUGUGGUUAAUAUGCAUGUUUUUGAACCAUGGGUUAAAGUGAAGAUGAAGUAAGCCAAUAAAGCUGAAUUAAAUUAUGAAGUAACAUUCUAGAAAUGUUCUAAAAGUAUUUUAAAAAUCCGCUUAUCACCAAAAUAAAUAGCAGUACCUAGUCACUCAUUUGAUGACACCAUUUUGCCAUGUUAUAGCCAUCUAGAGUGAAGUCACAAAACCUAGGAGCUCUCCCGUAAUA